UGUAGAACAAAAUUUUGGCUCGCUUAGUUUUCAAUAAAAUGCCAACAAAAAAGAAACAAAAACCAAAUGCCUUCAUGUUGUUUGCUCUGGAUUGGAGAAGCAAGCAAGCGAGACCCGUAAGCAUAUCGGAGGCCAUACAAGAGGCAGGAGAAAUUUGGAAGAAAAUGAAUGCAGAGGAACGAGCCCCUUAUAAGGAGAGACAAAAAGAAGAACUUCAUCUAACUAACCGUAGCGCUGCGGAGAAGUUCACAUGCACCGGCAUACCAAUCUCACAAAUAGAGCAGGAAAAAUUGAAAAAGGAGAACAAAGAACUUCGAAUGAAACAUGACAUUGAAUCAUUUGUGGGGAAAAGUGUAAAAGAAAACAAACUUGAACAUCAACCAUAUUAUUUUGUUAUGGUCAAUUAUUUCACCAAAACUUUGAAAGGUGGAGUUUAUGUUCCAGCUGAAUUGGCUUUAUGUAAAUUUUCGCUACAAGAGGGCGUUAGUAGCAUUUAUCAAACUCUAAUUAAUCCAGACAUCAACAUCUAUGGUCAUCAUUACGAGGCACAACAUCACUCGGAGACAACUCACAAUUUGCCAUUGCCACCAAAGGCCUUGGGGGAGAAAAAUCUGAGUAAAAUUUACAAGGACAUCUUAGACUUUAUAGGUGAUAACGAUACCAACAGUUACCCGCCAAUAUAUACAGACCGCGAAAGCAGACACAUUGUUGAGUCGGUUUUGAAUUUCUUAAGGCCAGACAAAGCUGAAAAUGUAGAGUUGAAAGUUUAUCCCAUACAGUAUUUGUUUUUCAUCAUGAAGGAGGCCACAUGCCAAGUGGGAGAAUUGGAAAAGCUGAAAAAUAUCUACAUAACCGAUGCCUACUUUGAGAGGGAUUAUUUUGAAUAUCACAUCGGUAUUGGAUGUCAGUACCAUGAGAAUAUAGAUAAAUCCAAAUAUUGCACUCAAUCCUAUGUGACACGUUGGGGUUUUAUGUUUGCUGACUAUAUGUGUCAAGAUCUGGCCAUACCUUUGAAGCCAGGUCGCCAUUGUCCCAUCAAUACCAAUUUAGAAGCCAUACUAACUAAGGCAUCCAAUACAAGCCAUGAUAAUGAAUCCCUGGUAUCAAUGACAACCUCAUUGACCUAUGCCACUGCUCCAGUAGCGGGAUCUAAAUUGUAUGACAACAAAGAGGAUGACAGAGCAUCAACAUCGGCAAAAAUCAAACUUUGUAGCCUUGAUCAAAAGCCAUCUAAGCCCGAGCAGGGUACCAAGAAAAAACAUAAAGCUACUAUGAAGCCAUCCCUACCCAUACUGCAGUCGCAUACCCACGAAGAAGACAAUGCAAAUCCUAUGGGUGGUAAUAAUGAACAACAAGACGAUGAAGACCUAAAUCCCUGGAAUUUACGUUCAUUGAGAACCCAUAUCCCUCCAGAACCGGAUAGUUCUUGUUUUGAUAUAGAUUAUAAUAGCUGUGCUGAUUUAUCGGACUACGAUGAUUACAAUUCUGUGGCAAGUUUUGGUCGCGGGCGUGGAUCUCUAAUAAGCUACGUUAGUUCCACAAGUUCUGGUAGCUUGGGACGUGGUCAAUUACUUUCGUACUUAAAGAAUUAG